CCCACGGAUCUCCUCUCUGCAUCUCAAACAAUGGCCUCCACGACAGCGGCGUCGGUUCGGCACGUGGUCGCGUUGCCGUACCCGGGCCGCGGCCACAUCAACCCCAUGCUCGCCCUGUGCCGCCUGCUCGUGGCCGCGGACGGCUCCCUCACCGUCACCGUCGUCGUCACGGAGGAGUGGCAGGCGCUGCUGGCCUCCGUCACGCUGCCGGACCGCGUCCGGCUCGCCACCAUCCCCAACGUCACCCCCUCUGAGCGUGGCCGUGGUGCCGACCACGCUGGAUUCGUCGAGGCCGUGCGCGACAAGAUGGGGGAACCCGUCGAGCGGCUGCUCGAUCGUUUGGAGCUGCGGCCGGAGGCUGUCCUGGCCGAUACCUUCCUGACGUGGGCGUUGGCCGCCGGCGCGCGGCGCGGGAUACCGGUGUGCUCGCUGUGGACUCAGCCGGCCACGUUCUUCUUGGCGCUCUACCACUUGGACCUGUGGCCACCGGUGGAUGGACGUGACUCCCAAGAAGAACUAGGCAUCAAGUCUUUGGAGGAAUACCUCCCGGUCCCGGGCCUCACAUCGAUAAGGCUGUCUGAUCUCAAGAUCAUCCGCGCCUGGGAGAGAAAGCGACCAUUUGAAAUAGCAGUGGAGAUGUUCGCCGACGUACGCAAAGUACAGUGUGUCCUUUUCACCUCCUUCCUCGAGCUUGAGCCCAGUGCCAUCAACACAAUAGCAGAGUCACUUCCAUGCCCCGUGUACCCAAUCGGCCCUUCGGUCCCGCAAUCGGCACUCGACGGGGACAACAAGAUCCACGAGGAGGAGCACCGUGAGUGGCUGGACGCGCAACCAGAGAACUCGGUGCUGUACGUCUCGUUCGGCAGCUAUAUCCGCAUGCCGCCCUCGCAGCUCCAAGAGAUCGCCAUGGGUCUGCGUGACAGCGGGGUCAGGUUCUUCUGGGUGGCCCGGGACAAGGCCGCCGAUGUGCAGCAGAUGUGCGGCGACAGGGGGUUGGUGGUGCCGUGGUGCGAGCAGCAGAAGGUGCUGUGCCACCCCUCCGUCGGCGGCUUCCUCAGCCACUGCGGAUGGAACUCGGUGCUGGAGGCCGUGUACGCCGGGGUGCCAUUGCUCGCCUUCCCUCGGACCUGGGAUCAACUGGUGAAUGCCCGGAUGGCCGCCGACGAAUGGAAGGUCGGCAUCGACCUGAGGGGGCAGAAGAGGGAGGAUGGCACCGUGGGCAGGGCCGCGAUCUCUGCUGCCGUGGGCAAACUGAUGGACUCUGACAGUGGUGUUGGCCAAGAAAUGAGGAGAAGAGCUGCCGGACUGCGCGAGGAUUCCCGUUGCGCGAUCCAGGAAGGCGGCUCGUCGCAUCGUUCUUUCACCGGUUUCUUGCAAGAUCUCGUGGAUGGGAAACUCGAUGUAACGGGAACUUCCCAGUGAUAUUUCUUUAUUUUCCGGUGAGUGGCAAUAAAAUAAGCUGUU